UACUUGUACUGGUGACAAGUUACCCUAGCUACUCGACUCCAUAUUUUCCUGUAAACUCCAAGGUUAACUCUUGUGUGCGAUAAAACCAGGAAGGCUGGGCAGCUGCCUGUGUCCAAGAUUUCUCCAGGUGGCACUGACCAGAAGUCCGGAAUCUCCCUCUCUGAGCACAGGUGCACUCUGAGGAGGAUUUACCAGUCCUUCACAGGGGCCAGCUGGGAUUAUUUUGAAGCAUGCAAGAGAACUCUGACCAGCCACCGUCACUGUCUCAGCUCUUAAGAGAGAGCUACCUGGCAGAGGCCAGGGCCCAGCAGUGCCACAGCCGCUCCGAUGCUUCUUCCUCGCGUCUCCAGAUCUACGGCUCACUGAAAGGCAAGGCUGAGGACUCUGUGGGCCACAAUGAUCCGCAAUUCCCAGAUCUCUCAGCCUUCCUCAGCCAAGAAGAGCUGGACAAGAGUGUAAAUCUGGCCCGCCAGGCCAUCGGACAUGGGUCUCGUGAAGACAGGGCAGAGGUCUCUUUAACACCAUCAACCACCUCUAACAUCUCCUCAGCCUCAGUUUCUUCCUCUGAAACCCCAUCUGUUCCCCUGGCUCAACCCUCUCCUGCUCCUUUUGUAGGCCCCUCCACUGUGCCCUUCACCCAACUAGCACCUGAAUUCAAAGACCUGGCAGCAACACACACCACUUUCACAUCAGACAGAAAGAUGCACAAAACGUCCACACAGCAGGAAAAUAUGAUCAGGAACAGCAGGGACCUCGGCGAAGGAUUCAACGACUUCAACAGAUCGGGGGGGAACGCGUCUUAUGGUCUGGAGACCCAGUCCAAGAAGGAAUUCCUCAACAAGGCAGCAGACUUCAUUGAGGAGCUCUCCUCUCUCUUCAAGGCCAACAGCUCCAAACGGAUACGACCAAGAGCAUGCAAAACCCAGAGGAGUAGGAACCAGAACAAGAUCCAGAACGAUGGGACAGUUUAUCCCCUCAUCCCAGACAACAGGGAACGUGUGACCAUGCCUGUGGAGGAGGAGAGGGAGAAACCCAGCCCUGCUACCAGCCACCAAAAAGAGAUCCAGCUGGACUCUGAGAUUGGGCAUGUGGAGUUUCAGGACUGCAGGACCACUGAGGAGCAGCAGUACAACCCUGCUUCCCAGGAGGUGGAGGAGGAGGCUAAAAGUUGUGCCUUGACAGAAACUCUGUACGCAGCAGAGCCUGUGUGUGAGCCUCCUCAUUUCAUCCAGAAACUGAAAAGUAGGGAGGUUCCAGAGGGCAGCAAGGUCCAGUUAGACUGCAUUGUAAAAGGACACCCUGUUCCUGAAGUCCGGUGGUUUUGUGAGGGCAAGGAGCUGGAGAACAGCCCUGACAUUCAGAUCAUCACAGACGGCGAGCUGCACUCUCUUAUCAUCGCAGAGGCGUUUGAGGAAGACACUGGACGCUACUCUUGCUUUGCAUCUAAUUUCUAUGGCACUGACUCCACGUCAGCUGAGAUUUAUGUUGAAGGUGCCUCCUCUUCGGAUUCUGAGGGAGAACAGCACUUUGAACAUGUAGCUCAGUUGCAGAGGAAAUCUUUACCUCCGUCAUUGAGCCAAACUCUCUCCCCAGAAGAGGACAUCUCUUCGCCAUCCCAGUCUGCAGCAGCCACUGAGGAACCAGCAGAGCAGCUCUCCUGUCCACCAACUAACCAAAUAAUCCCAGAACCUCCUCUGCCAGUCCACACAUCACCCACUACACUCCCAGUUCCAGAGCUGGCACCCACAACACACCCUGCUCAUGAGGAGACUACAGUGUCACGUGUGCACGUGUUUCCUAUUUUAUCACCUGGCAAUACAGAACCACUAAAAGCCCAGGAGUUGUCAACAUCUGUCCCAGACAUAUCCACACCGCCAACAGAGCAGACAGCUACAGUGAUCGCUACAUCACUUGCUUUGAAAUCAGGGGCGCAGCCUGUUCUGUCACCUUCAACACAAACACCCCAAGCUGAGUGUCAAACUUCCAACCACAACUAUUCACAAGAGUUGAACGAACAACCUAUCAUGGCUGCCCCCAUAUUCACUAAGAGCCUGCAGGACAUCCUUGCGUCAGAAGGCCAGCUGGUGGUGCUAGAGUGCCGUGUGAAAGGGGUGCCAUCACCUCAAGUGGACUGGUACAGAGAAGAAAAACUGUUAGAGGACUCUCCUGAUUUCAGGAUCCUGCAGAAAAAGCCCAGAUCUCCAGCUGAAUCAGAGGAAAUAUGCACUCUGGUCAUUGCUGAGGUCUUCCCUGAAGAUUCCGGGAUGUUUACUUGUACAGCGAGCAACAAGUAUGGAACUGUGUCCAGUACUGCUGCACUAAGGGUUAAAGGCAAUGGCAGCAGCAACCACGUGAGGCCUUUCACCAGUUUAACUGGAUCCUGGAUCCAAGAACCUUCCCCAUUAGCUCCCACUGUAAACCAUCAGCCAGCGGUUACUGUGACCAACAGCAUCAAGCCCCACUCCAGCACCAUUCGGCUAGACCCGCUCGUCUCUAGCACCGUGCGCCUGGAACCCUUGAACACCAGCACCCUCCGUCUGGACCGUCACAGCUCCAGCAUGUUGCGUCCAGACGCCCUCUGCACCAGUUUACCCAGUCUGGACCCAUCCAGCCUGAGCAGCAGCUCCUGUCUCAACUCUCUCAGCAGCAGCACCCCAAACUUAGAUCCCCUCUACCUCCACCAGGGCCCUACUGGAUCCAGUGGAUCACGUUCGGAACCACAGAGCAGCAGACAGGUGCUCUCAAGCCCAAAACCCUUUACCUCUCCAUCUGCGUUUGAGACUUCAGCUGAGCAGGAAGUGUCCAGACCUUCAGAGCCAUCGCCUGACACGAGCCCCAAAGUUACGGGGACCUCAAGCCACCAGAAUGGGAGCCCCAUUGUGGUGCCCCUCCCUGAUCCACCCCCUAACUCCUGCCUGAAGACGGGCACUCUGACAAACCACAAGGACUCCCGCUCCAGCUCCAGAGUCGGCCUGCGUGUGCAUUUCAAACUGCCUGAGGAUGAGGAAGAUGAACAAAGUGACGUAUCCUGUCAGUCUGAUGAAGACACCACUCAGAUGUCAGUCAACAAAGAACCACCACCAGUGCGGGCUAAACCCAAACUGGACCCAGCCCAGCUUCAGCUCCUGCACAACCAAGUCCUCAUGGAGCAACAGCAGAUCGAACCUCAGACUCAAACUCACAUCCAGCCUCAAUCCCACCCCCCAAUCCAGAUCCAGAUCCAGCCCACGGUCCAAAGUGCCCAUGAAGGUCCGCUGUGGUCACCCAGAAUUCACCGUGAACCCCAUCCUCCUGCUUUCCAACCCUACCUGAACACUACCACGACGCCCCCGCAGCAGACACCCCUCUCUGCACCUAAGCUUACCACCACUGCACUUCCUGCUCCCUCUCCAAGCUCUGCUCCAGCACUCAACACCACAUUUUCACCUCUUACCAACACUUCUCCUGCACUACCUUUAAGCACCCUCCCUUCAAUUCCUCAGCUAAAGACUUCUUCACUGGUGACCUCCCCUCCACCUGCCCCACAGCUGAAAACAGCUCCUCUUCCUCUCAGUAUAGGUCCUGUAACCCAGAUGAACACCAUCCAUGCCUCCCACCUCAACCUGUCCCCUGCAGCUCUUGCCAGAACUGCACCCACAACCAACUCUUUCUCUCCUCCUGCACCAAAGCUUAGUACAGCCCCUACAGAUUCAACCCCGACCUCACAGCACUUCACCUCUCCUGCUCAGCUACUGAGAAGCACCCAUGCCUCCCUCAUGAACCUCACAGCCACCUCCCACACUUUCACCUACACCAGACCAAAGGAGUUCAUAGCUGCUCAGACUUUCUCACCAGUUAGGAGUCCCUCCCCAACAGAAUCACCAGUUCCUCUGCUACAAGAGCUGGCCGCUGAGUUAAACUCCUCUGCAGCAAGCUCCCCUACUCUCCCACCAUUCUCCCCACCACCCAGGAUCUUCCCCACGAGGGUGCUCAAGUCUCCCACCAGUCCUCCGUCCCUGGUGACCUCACCCACACCAGGAUCAGCGCCCUUCCUAAACAACACGUUUGCCGUACGAGCCCAAUCACCUCCCCAUGCUUCCUCUCCCACCUCUAGCAGCUCCACUCCCAGCCCCAUUCAAAACCCUGUGGCGCUCCUGAGCUCCGUCCUGCCAUCCCUGACACCGAGUCAGCCCACCAACUCAAUGGGCCUGCCCAGGGGGGCUCCUUUAGGGCCAAAAAAGAACAUACCAAAAGUACGACUCCAGUCAACUGAUGACAUUCAUGAAAGCAAAGAAAUUCUCCGGCAUGACAUUGAGAAAAAGCUGCAGUUUAAAGAUGAUACUCUGCAUUUUGCAUAUCAACAGAAGCUGAGUAUUGAGGGGAAAACAGCGAGCAGAGCCCUUGGACCAAACAUUCCUGCUACUGUCAUUAACUAUGAUGAGGAGUACAAAGUGUCCAGCUUUGAGCAGAGACUAAUGAGUGAGAUUGAAUUCCGUUUGGAACGAACGCCAGUAGAGGAGUCGGACGAUGAGGUGCAGCACGAAGACGUCCCUACAGGAAAAUGUAUCGCACCCAUAUUUGACAAGAAACUGAAAAACUUCAGAGCUAUGGAAGGCGUGCCUGUCACUUUCUCCUGUAAAAUAGUGGGAAUCCCUGUUCCAAAGGUUUACUGGUUCAAGGAUGGAAAGCAGAUCCUGAGGAAGAAUGUCCAUUACAAGAAAAUUAGAGAGGGGGAUGGGACCUGUGCUCUACAUAUAGAGUCCACAACCAGUGAUGAUGAUGGCAACUACACCAUCAUGGCAGCUAAUCCACAGGGACGAAUCAGCUGCUCAGGUCAUUUGAUAGUCCAAACGGGACCUCCCCGAACUCGACUGACACCAAUUCACUCUCAGAGGGUGCGAGCCCGCAUACAGGAAGCUGAAAGUGAACAAACCCAGGAGCGCUUUUUUCGGCCUCACUUCCUGCAGGCUCCAGGGGACAUGUUGGCUCACGAGGGACGUCUGUGUAGACUAGACUGCAAGGUGAGUGGCCUACCCAACCCAGAGUUGAUGUGGUUGGCCAACGGGAGGCCAAUCUACCCAGACCUGUAUCACAAGAUGUUGGUGCGGGAGAAUGGUAUCCAUUCUCUGGUCAUCGAUCCCCUGACGCAGAAAGAUGCCGGCACAUACACAUGCAUUGCGAGCAACAAAGCAGGGCAGAGCUCCUUUAGCCUGGAACUAAAAGUUGUGGAGAAAGAGAUGAAACACCCUCCCCAGUUCUUGGAGAAGCUGCAGAACAUGGGUAUUCCUGAAGGAACUCCAGUCAGGCUAGAGUGCCGGGUGGUGGGUAUGCCCCAUCCAGUCAUCUUCUGGAAGAAAGACAAUGACACCAUUCCUAAAACUAAGGACAGAAUCAGCAUGACCCAGGAUGCAACAGGAUACGUGUGUCUCCUUAUCCAGCCAACAACAAAAGACGAUGCUGGCUGGUACACGGUGUCAGCAAAAAAUGAAGCUGGAAUUGUAUCCUGCACCUGCAGGCUUGAUAUCUAUGCACAGUGGCAUCAGAACAUCCCUGCACCCAUGAGGAAGGCUCCACGCACAGGCAGCCGCUAUGCAGCUCUGACGGGCCAGGGGCUUGACAUCAAGUCAACUUUCCCCACGUCGGAGACCAGCCCCAUCCUCUUCUCCAGCUCCCCUCCAGAGGCCAUGCUGGAGAGUGAGGAGCUGUGAGGGGUUUGCACACACUCAGAGGCCUCGCAGCAUGUUCUGUGACCUCCCUGAGGUGAAAGCAGUGGAGCCCUAAAAGGAGAAUGAUGAUCUGAGCAGAUUGUCAUGUGAUUUGUGUGAUGCAUUUGAAGUGAUACAUUCAGAAUAGAAUGGCAAAAAAAAUAUUGUGUUACAGCUAUCAGCACUGAUAGUGGGUUUGUCACCAUUCCUAUUUACUCAAAUCAUAUGAAGAGUGUUUCACAUACAGAAAAAUAAAAGAUUUGCAAAGUCUUAGCUCAUGAGCCAUUAGUGAAGUUGAAAAAUGUUCUCUGACAAGUUUGAAUGACUCACGCUUGUUUUCUACAUCAUAUUUAGCUUCGAUAGUGAGGUUGUUUUUGGACAUUGGCGAUAACUUCUGUUUCUUAAUUGACAGUAUUCUCAAAGUGGUACUAGCACCGCAUAUACAUGUAUCGGUAGUUAUAGUGUCUUUCAAAGUGUAUAUGAAAAGUAGUAUUGUUUAGAUAGAUAUUGUUUAUUGAUAGUUAAAAAUAGUUUAGUUUGGAGUAUAUUAUUAGACAUUUGAAUGUGGCAUUUAGACCAGUUUAUUUAAAGGGCUGCAGCACUUCCACAUUUAGCUAAAUCCUUAUCGCUGGUUCACAUUUUUGCACCAUGGCUUUUUCAUGUGUGUACAUGCCAACGGCUGACAUAUUGCAUAACUUAACAAACACACUUUGUCUGCUCACAGUCGUAACCAUUAUAAUGUGCUGUUUGGUGAGUCUCAUUUGUGGCUAGUUAGCUGGAACAUCUUCUUGGAAUUUUUGUUUUGCUUUCAGGUAUUCAUCUUUGCACUGACAAAAAUUUAUCUCAAUUGUAUCUACAGAUGGAGGUGUAUGAUCAGAGGAAGAUUAGACUGAAAGCUAAAAGAAAAGUCACGUUUUUUCUGUUUUAUGGUAUCCUGUGGCAGUUAUUAUUUAACUUUGAUAGAAGGAUAAAUUCAAGUCAGAUGAAAAGUUUGAAAGCACAUACUCAACUGAUGUAAAGUUGCACAAUGUAAAAUAGUUUUGUCCUUUUCAGAAUAAAGUUAUAUUUAUUCAAAUGA